AUAGUUUACAAGGAAAUGCCUGCUAAUGUAAAUGAUCUUAGUUUUAAUAAACAAAAAAAAAGACAAUUAACAAAAACUACAGAAGAAUAUGCAGAAAUCGUUUUACAGGCAUUUGAGGAAAAUCCAAACACAUCUUUAAGAUUAUUAUCGAAACAAAUAGGAAUUUCUUAUAGCUCAGUUCAGAGAAUUGCGAAGAAAAAUAAAUAUUAUCCAUAUAAACGACGCACUGUACAGCAUUUAAGAUUUGAUGAUUGUGAGCGUCGCCUGGUUUGGGUUGCCAAGGUACUUGUUGAAAUUGAAGAUAAUCCUCAAUUCUUGGAGAGGAUAUGUUGGACCGAUGAAGCUAAAUUUCACAAUAAUGGCAAUGUGAAUCGUCAGAAUAUGCGUUACUGGUCAAAUGGUAAUCCUUACUGGCACGUUGAGAAGAAUUUUCAAGAACGUUAUGGUAUUAACGUUUGGUGUGGUAUUUUUUAUGACAGAUUGAUUGGCCCAUUUUUUUUUCUUUAUCACGUCGAAAAGAUUUACUUUGGCAGCAGGAUGGUGCUCCAGCCCAUAAUAAAGGCACUGUCAUUCAAUAUUUAAAUUCAACUUUUGGGUCAAAAUG